AGCUCCUUUGACUUCUGUAAACGUCCUUUUUGUCCACCGUAAAUAAAUGAAACAGGACAGUGUGGCCUGUAAGUUACCAGCAGGAUUUCUUUAUCUAAUAAAAACUGAGACGUACUGUUGGCCCUUCCUUUUCUUGUAUUGCGAUAUCUUGGGGACUAAACGUGCAGAUAACCUACUUUACACUGACAGGAAGUGGAUUUUCCCCAGUCUGACCCACUGAAGGUCACAGUGGGCUGUAUGUGUGCCACCGUGUAAAGUGAGUGUGGUAUCCCCUCCUAGGACCACAUAUGUGGACAUCACAUCAAAUACUACAUUUUGCUCUACAAGGGACUGAAAUCCUCUUCAUCAGGUCUUCAUCUGAUGAAGAGAAAUUAAAAAUGCGUGCCAUGAAAGAGUUCGGGUCUUAGGAGGUUAAAGGCUCUCUGCACUCGUCUCCAAGGUUACGCUGACUCAGGGUGCCAUCGUGUAAAAGUACAGCUCGACCCGUCUUUAACUUCAGUUAACGUCUCUUUAACACGACACACUGACUCACAGUCCUGAAUCCUCAGUGAGGUUAUCUUUUAGUUUUGAUGAUGCUGUCAGGGAUUGUGUCCUCCAGGUUUCACUUCCAGUCUUUAAUAGUCGCUCUUCCUCGAGUCUUCAACUUCCUGUCUUUGAUUCCCUGACUGUUUCCACCUGUCUCACGCGCUCUUCUCCGAGCUCCCUCCCUCCUUUUCUCUGUAUGAACGGUCUCAUCUCUCUGCUUUCAGAGUUCUCUGUGCCUUUCUUUGUGCUUUUGUGGAUUCUGUAAACUUUAAACUUCUAGUUUUGAGUUCAUCCUGUUUGCCUCAGUCCUCGGUUCUUCUCCCUCCAUCAGCUGACAGAUGGGCCACAGUGGUUUGUUUUCAGCAUUGAUUCUGGAAGCCUUUAAAUUAUUUCAGUUGAGGAGAAUUCAGGUGUUUUCAGUCCAUUUGUUGGACUGUUGGAAAACCUUUGAUGCCCCCUCCCAGUUCAUGAGUAAAACCUCAGACCUGCUUCAGUUUUGUUGAGGAUUGUUUUUCUACAUUCGUCCCAUCUGUUAAAAGCAAAGCCACAUUUAUCAGGAGAACAAAGAGCUGCGUCCUUUCUGCAGAGCUUCAGCCGCUUUCAAUCAUUCUAAAGAGCUUUUUCCACCAGAGACACAAAGGAGAGAAACACGAGCUCAGAGAAAUAUCGGUGUGCAAACACGACCUCGGGCGUGCAGCAAAGUCCACUUCACUCAGUUAGCGUUGGAUGGACAGGUCGACAGCGGCGAGGACGGUCGGAUCAGGCGGAGGCGCCGCAAACAAAGUCUUCAGAAAACCACCAAAGACUGCUCGACUGACGUCGCCGAUCUCUUUGCCUUCAGGUGAUCCAUCGCUGGGUGUCAGUGGGUCAGGUGGUGGAGCUGCACCAGGAGGCUCUGGAGCGACCACAUCCAGCGAGGGAAUCAGCACCACCUCUGUAGGAGCUUCCUCCGCUGCAUCUUCAGGCGGAGGGUCUCUGGUUUCAGAGGCUUGGGAGGCGUCGGGGUCGGGUGAAGAGUUCAGGGCUGCAACAGGCUCCUCAAACAUGUCCUACAGUGCAGGAAGCGGUGGCAGAGAGGGGGCAAAAAGGGACGGAGGUUUGGGUGCCGUGACAGUUUCCACCGUGAACAAACCCGGCUACAGCUCAGGAAGAUCAGGGGAGGCGAACAGGGGCUCCUCCUCAGUGUUCACUUCUUCACCUGCUUCAAAGGAGAGGAAGAGCAUCACCACCAUGGCUGCAGCGCUGUCAGAGGCCUUUGACGAAAGCUCGAGUCCAAACUCGUCUCCAGAGUACAACAGGAAGGACUAUGGCAGUUCAAGCGCACCAUCCACUUCUGUCACCAGAGGGAGAACUCAGAGCCGAGAGAGUGAGAUCAGAGUUCGGCUGCAGAGCGCUUCUCCUACAGGAAGCUGGACGGAGCUGGACGACGUGAAGCGCCUGCUGAGAGGAAACCACUCCACCGGCACCAGCCCCACCCAGUCCCCUAACAACACGCUGCCCAUCCCCAAGAAGGCCAGCGUGGAACCGAGGACCCUGCCUGACCGCUCCGGUGCAGAUCAGUACGGCAGCCUGUGGAGUGGGUCGUCUGUGAGCAGCUACAUGUACAACCCCAACCACAGCAACCUGAGCAGCCUCUACCAGCCAGGAGUCCAGAACAACCUGACACUCGGCUCUCCGUCUGUGAAUGGCGGCCCGUCUCCGGUGCAGAGCGGCAGCUCCGCUCCAGUGUACGGCGUGCAGAAUAACCUGACCAGUCCCACUCCCACUGCCCUUUCUCCCACUGCAGCCAACACACACAUAGUUUACGGCGUGCAGAAGAACGUCUGUGGAACGAUCACAGCCGCCGUGAGACCCAGCAGCCCCAUCAGUGACGAGGCCUCGGGGAAAGACUUUAAGUUUGUGCUCACGGAGAAGGAGAACGCUCCAAUCAAGCAGACAGAGCAGCUCGCUGUGGCCAAAGACACCGGGAAGCAGUUCAUGUCUGCUGCACCUGCCAGUUUACCCGCUUUGUUCUCUGAUGACACCCUGAAGACUGAGAAACUGAAAUCCUUCAGCACAGUGGACAGAGGAACAGAAUCUUCGAACCUGAAAGCUGGGACUAAAGACAAAGCCACCUAUGCAGACAUCCAUAUAAAAGACAUAAAACAGUCCAGUUUUGGCUUCUGCUCCUGCUGCAGCUGGUGGCAGUGGCUCCUGGGCCUCCUGCUCAGCCUGUUGCUACUCUUCAGUGUCCUUUUUGGACUCAUUGCUUUGGGUGAAGAAGUCAGACGCCUGAAAGGCCGCGUGGACGUUCUGGAAGCCAUCACCAGAUCUGCGUCAGUCAGUCACUUGACGUCUUCUGGCAACAAAAUCUCUGAGCGGGUGGAAUCCACAUACAUCGAGAAGAAUGCCGCUUCAACCCUCAUCCACUCCGACAACGGGCUCAACCUGGAUGGUGCUGGCACAGGCGGAGGCACAGGAAACAGCCUGGUCCAGGACAGGGCCGCCCUGGAAAGACUCAUACAGCAGCUGGUCAGGGCUGAGCUCCACUCAGGAUCUGUAAGAGAAACUCUGGCAUACUCACUGAAAGGAGAGAGAGGAGAGCCGGGACCUAAAGGUGACCCAGGGCCAUUAGGACAAAAAGGUGAUAUGGGAACCUCUGGCCCUCCAGGUCUUCCUGGGCAGAUCGGGCACCCAGGUUUGGAAGGACCAAGGGGACCAAAGGGAAGUGCAGGUGAACCAGGUGCUGAGGGACCACAAGGUCAGAGGGGUCGGGAAGGACCGGCGGGCCCCCGAGGAGAACCUGGAUCACCUGGCUUUGGAGCCAAAGGAGACAGAGGAUUCCAAGGUGAGCCAGGGAGACCGGGUCCUGCUGGUAUUGCUGGACCUGCAGGUCCAAAAGGUGCCACAGGAGAGCCGGGUGCCGCAGGAAGUCCUGGUGCUCCUGGAUCAAAGGGAUUCCAGGGGGAGGCGGGGCCUCCAGGAACCAAAGGGGACCGAGGAACACCUGGGCUGCCGGGAAUCAAAGGAGACCACGGAGAGAGGGGACCACGUGGACCAGCAGGUGAACCUGGACAGCCUGGACCUCAAGGACCUGCAGGAUUAAAGGGAUCUAAAGGAAUUGCAGGUGACCCAGGUUCAGUAGGACUUCCUGGUGCCAGAGGACCACCUGGAGUUCCUGGAGAUGCCGGUCCCCCAGGCCCCCCUGGGCUGCAGGGACCCCCAGGUAUUGCAGGAAUCCCAGGCCAGCCUGGUGGUAAAGGUGAACCAGGAACACCUGGCAAAGUCAUUUCUCCAGUUGGCUCUGAUACUGUGGCCAUCCCUGGACCUCCAGGACCAGCUGGACCUCCAGGUCCUGCUGGACCACCUGGUCUGUCAGGUCCAAUUGGCCCUGCUGGCAUCCCAGGACAACCAGGAUCUAAGGGAGAACGAGGAGAAAAGGGAGAGAGGGGACAGAAGGGGGAGCCAGCAGACACUUCCUCAGUGGUUGGAUCUCGUGGUCCACCAGGACCUCCAGGGCCUCCUGGAGUACCUGGUCCACAGGGUCCUCCUGGUGAGCCUAAAGAGGGUCCCCCAGGACCCAGAGGUCCUCCUGGAGAGCCAGGUAUCGGCGAACCUGGACCUCCAGGCGAGAAAGGAGCACCUGGGAGCUUUGUGCCGACAUCAGAAACCUUCUUUGCUGGACCACCCGGACCUCCAGGACCCCCGGGGCAGAAAGGGUCACAGGGUGACCCAGGACCACAAGGGUACCAAGGUGAACCAGGACAACCAGGCCUUCCAGGAAGCUCCGGAGACCCAGGUGUUGGUUUCCCAGGUCAGCCUGGACCUCAAGGUCCACCAGGUCCAGACGGGCCACCGGGACCUAAAGGUGAUAUGGGAGAUCCAGGACCUCCAGGAAUUCCAGGAGUCUCCGCAGGUGGUGGCAUCAGAGAGUACUUCGUUGGACCUCCUGGGCCUCCUGGGCCUCCGGGGGCACCAGGCACACCUGGACAUGCAGUGGACGGGCUGGUUGAUGAUGUCGCCAGCAGAGUCAUCGCCUACAUCCACAGUUCAGGCAGAGGUUAUGAUGGGACCCCAGGCCCUCCUGGUCCUCCGGGUCCACCCGGCUCCGUCUCUCUCAAUGACAUUAUCAGCCUAUUACAGAGAGAGGACGUGAGGCGAUACAUUGCUGGUCCUCCGGGUCCACCGGGACCUCCAGGAGCUCCAGGUUAUGGCAGCUACAGCUUUAACACGCAGGAGGUGGCUGAACGUGUCCUUAGUUUGAUGACUGAGAGGGAGGCGCUUGGUGUCCCUGGACCUCCUGGACCUCCUGGACCACCUGGAGCUCCUGGUUUUCCUGGAAACUUUUUACCAGAUGGGUAUCAAACUUUAGUUGGCCCUCAGGGGCCUCCUGGUCCCCCGGGUAUCCCUGGCCCACAAGGUCCACCUGGCCCAGAAGGACCACCUGGAUUUUUUAACUACAUCAGCUCAGACAUUCGUGACUACCUGCAAAAUGUUGCUUUCAAAGGUCCUCCAGGCCCACCCAGACCCCCUGGACCUGAGGGACCCCCUGGACCAAUCAGUGGGUUGGUUACUUUUGCUGACCAUCUCAACAGAGACGCACUCAAAGCUGAACUACAAGAAUAUAUCAAGAGUGAUGAUGCGAGUGCCGCCAUGUUUGGAAUUCCUGGUCCACCAGGUCCUCCUGGACCCCCAGGACACAAGGGAGAGCCAGGUUUGCCUGAUGACUACUCCAGUAUGGCUCUCAAAGUAACUGAUUACAUCAAAUCCCACGGUCUGCUCCAUGAUGCCAUGAGCAACUCUGAGCGCGUGGUUCAAGGACCUCCAGGAAUGCCUGGAGAGGCCCGAUUGGUUAGUUCCCAACAAAAUGUCAUGGAUGUGGUGGAAUACUUAAAAUCUCAUGGUGUGAUGCGGGACAUUAUGAGGGAGUACAGACAUGUCUUCCAAGGCCCUCCAGGGCCCCCAGGACCCCCAGGUCAUCCAGGAUACAGCCACUGGCUGAAAGGUCUGAAAGGACUGCUGGUUCACACUUCUCUCCUUCUCGGUUUCUUUGCAGCUCGUGGUCUCCUCCGAGACACUGAACGUGUCAUCCAGGGACCCCCGGGGCCACCGGGACCUCCGGGUCCACCAGGAUACAGCAGACUUUUUGGUUCUGACACCAACGUUUCUGAUUUAGUGGAAUACAUAAAAACUCAUGGAGCCAUCGUGGGACCACCUGGGAGACCAGGCCAGAAGGGGGAGAGGGGAUUUCCAGGACUGAAAGGAGACAGAGGUGAGCGAGGCCUUCCUGGACCUGAAGUGUACAGAGGAGAAUUCACAGUGACGAGUAAAAGGAGGAAGAGGAAUGCUGGUGUUUGACGCCUGAGCUGCUGAGUUUCCUGCGUUUCGCUGUUUUAACUGUAAAUGUGUGUUUUGAACCUGAAACACAUGAAAUCAGGGACGUCGUACUGAAUUAGCUCGUGUGUGACGGUGUUCAGGGGUAACAGCAGACUUUACCAUUUCAUUUUUUUACUCAUCAGACCAACAAGUAUUUUAUGUUUUUUGGAGUUUGUGUUUUAAUUCUUGGUAUCAGUAUAAAGAAUGAAACAGCACAACGUUAGAGAGAAAAAAGUUUAUUUACAUGAAAAUGAAAAUCAGCAUUACAGGCCUUCUAAAAACUAUACAUGUUAUAAAAUGUGAUAUGUUUUUUGUUUGUUUUAUAGUCAACAUUCAGAAGUUAAGAACCAGAAUUUUGUAACUGUUUGUGGUGGACGAUCAGCUUUCAUACAUAAAUAACUGCUGAGGACGUUUUGUAAAAGGUGCACAGCACUCCGUCACUGAGUUUUGUUUUUUGUACAUAUGAUAUGAAACACUUUGACUAACUCAUAACAGCCAAUCAAAGAAGAUGAGAUGAUCAAAUGAACCAAUCAGAGGAGGAGAUGGCCUAAACCAGUCAGGUCCAAUUUUUCUUAACAUUACAUCAGAUUUAACAAUAAUAAUAAUAAAAAAAACUGCAAAGA